AUGGAGUUUUUCCAGCCUGGGCCGCGACAGCUCCCGGAGCCGCGGACAGACGGGGAGCGGAGGCAGAGCGCGCAGCUCGGGGCAGGAUACCACCCCGUAACGUGCCAGCAGCGCGCUCGCUCUCUACCGGGAAUAGGAAAAGUUGGAAAUCAGAAACGAGUCGUCGGUGUGCUGCUGGGCUCGUGGCAGAAAAAAAUACUAGAUGUGUCCAACAGUUUUGCAGUACCUUUUGACGAGGAUGACAAGGAUGAUACCGUGUGGUUUCUAGACCAUGACUAUCUGGAGAACAUGUAUGGAAUGUUUAAGAAGGUCAACGCUAGAGAAAGAAUAGUUGGUUGGUACCACACAGGCCCUAAACUGCACAAGAACGACAUCGCCAUCAAUGAACUGAUGAAAAGAUACUGUCCUAACUCCGUGUUGGUGAUUAUUGAUGUGAAGCCAAAGGACCUGGGGCUGCCCACAGAAGCUUAUAUUUCGGUUGAAGAAGUUCACGAUGACGGCACCCCGACCUCCAAGACCUUUGAGCACGUGACUAGCGAGAUCGGCGCAGAGGAGGCAGAGGAAGUUGGUGUCGAACACUUGCUACGAGAUAUCAAGGAUACAACGGUGGGCACCCUGUCCCAGCGGAUCACAAACCAGGUCCAUGGCUUGAAGGGACUGAACUCCAAGCUUCUGGACAUCAGGAGCUACCUAGAGAAAGUAGCCAUGGGCAAACUCCCCAUCAAUCACCAGAUCAUCUACCACCUUCAGGACGUCUUCAACCUGCUCCCAGACGUCAACCUGCAGGAGUUUGUCAAGGCCUUUUAUCUGAAGACCAACGACCAGAUGGUGGUAGUUUAUCUGGCUUCUCUGAUCCGCUCCGUGGUUGCCCUGCACAACCUCAUUAACAACAAGAUUGCCAACAGGGAUGCAGAGAAGAAAGAAGGACAGGAAAAAGAAGAAAGUAAAAAGGAGAGAAAAGAUGAGAAGGAGAAAGACAAGGAGAAGAGUGAUGUCAAGAAAGAGGAGAAAAAGGAGAAAAAGUAAAAUGUGUAGUUUUUUUAUUUGUAAAUUAAAAAUCUUGUAAACUAAA